ACCGACUGCAGUCUACAGCUCUGGGAGGGAGAGGUAGUCACUGCCAUUCACUAUACUCACUCUGUUUUUUAUUAUUAGCCCAGUUGGAUCUGGCAGCAGGGCUUUUUUUUCUCCUCUCAGCGGCAGUGACUUUUGCAUUGCGCAACCGUGUAGCCAGCACAUAUUGGGAUCUCAGGUAAAGGUGUGGGGAAUACGGCACGAGAAAGCGACCGAUUUUUUUAUUUUAUUUUUUUUUUGAGAGGGGGGGUGGGUCAAUGGCAGCGGCUGCUGGUAGAUCAGGUAGGACUCAAUUGACGGCCCUUUAAAUUAAAUCUACACCGUCUUUACGCCGCGCGCGCGCCCGAAGAACCGCUCCGUUUGUCCGAGUCUCCUUCCUCGCGCCCCCCCCCACCACCACCACCUCUUCCCUUAAGAAUGUUCAAGACGGCCAAUUACCCGACGGUGGAUCCUGCGCCCACCAUCAUGCACGGUACUUGGUUUGCCACGGGGUGCCGAGAAAACGCGCCCGUGGCGGUGGAGAAACCUAAGAAAAAGGCGUUCAGCCUGGUCAAAAUCAUGUCUCUCAGCAACAAGAAGGGGCACGGCCAGUAUCCGCACCACAACAACAACAUGCCCUUUACCAUCCACUGUCACAUCGGGAAAGAGAUAAAGCACAUAUGCAGCAAUUGCAGCCGCGGAAACGACACGCAGGACGCCGAGGAAGUAGAGAGGUUGGCCGCCAUGCGUUCGGAGUCCUUGGUCUCUGGUACCCACACUCCACCCAUCCGUCGCCGGAGCAAGUUUGCCACCCUGGGACGUCUCCUGAAGCCCUGGAAAUGGAGGAAGAAGAAGAGUGAGAAGUUCAAGCAGACCUCGGCUGCGUUGGAGAGGAAGAUGUCAGUGCGUCAGAGCAGAGAUGAGCUGAUCAAGAGAGGAGUGCUGAAGGAGAUCUUUGAAAAAGCGACCGUUGAAUUCCGAUCCUCGAUGGACGGUGGAGUCUGCACUCAGGAGCCCUCUGUUAAGUCGUCUAUGGUCCUGUCUACUAAGAAAUCGAUCACUUACCCAGGCGAUCUUCAGGAUACCCCCGCCAAGCCGCCGCUGUACCACAAACAGCCUCCUGCUCUCCCUCCGAAGCCUUUCUCUAGGAUCCCAAACCAUAGCACAGAUUCAUGCCAGCCGAUGAAGUUGCCCUGUAUGCCCGGAGGAAAGCACUCUCCACCUCUGCCUCCCAAGAAAGUGAUGAUUUGCGUGCCUCCGGGGGGGCUGGACUCCUCCACCUCCCCCUCUCCGUCUCCCAACCCCCUCAGCGUCCUUCCGCAAAAGUGCAUCCCGCCCCAGGGCAUGCCAUCCCACCACGGCACCCUGCUGCCCUCCCAGCUCGCCGGCCUGUCCGGUCUCCACCAGAGCCACGGUCACCCACUCCAGCUACAGUACGGCAGCUUGCAUGCGCCCAGCCGCAUCAUCGAGGAGCUCAAUAAAACCCUGGCGCUCUCCAUGCAGAGGUUUGAAAGCUCUGCGUUGCACGGUGGCGGCCAGUGCGUGCCUCUGGACAGGAGAGAAGUGCCGUCUGUGAUCAUCGACUACGAGGACGACAAAGAGAACAUGCCCAAUGAGUCCGACUACGAGGAUCUGCCCAGUAUGUACAAGGAUGAGGACGACGACGUGGACGACGACGAGGAUGACGACGAAGACGACGACUCCAUAUUUACAAGUACCCUGGCUCAGAAGGUGCUGAGGAAAGACUCCCUGGCAAUUAAGUUGAGCAACCGUCCAUCCAAGAGAGAGCUGGAGGAGAAGAACAUCCUGCCCAUGCAGACGGACGAAGAGAGACUGGAAUCUAGGCAGCAGAUAGGCACCAAACUCACAAGGCGCUUGAGUCAGAGACCCACAGCGGAGGAGCUAGAACAGAGGAACAUCCUCAAACCUCGCAAUGAACAAGAGGAAAUGGAGGAGAAGAGGGAGAUAAAACGACGGCUAACACGAAAGCUGAGCCAGAGGCCCACUGUAGAGGAGCUGCGACAGGCCAAAAUUCUCAUCCGAUUCAGCGACUACGUGGAGGUGUCAGAUGCCCAGGACUACGACAGGCGGGCAGAUAAGCCCUGGACUCGGCUCACAGCAGCUGACAAGGCAGCUAUACGGAAGGAACUCAAUGAUUUCAAGAGUAACGAGAUGGAAGUGCAUGAGUCGAGUCGCCAUUUAACCAGGUUUCACAGACCAUAGUAGACCACCACUGUCUCGAGCAGUGCCGGACUGGCGCUCUCCUCCACUGAGAACCUUAAGUGCUGGACAGUAAAAUGGUGCCCGUUUCUACAAUAAGGCCAUGUCUUCUGAAAUGCCUUUUCAAGACCCACACAACUGAGUCGGUACUACACUACAAAGACGCAGACACCCACUACUCUAUCCCACUGUAGUAGCACAUAAUGACUCCAGUUGAUUCACAUCUCGCCCCUCUGUGGAAUUCGCUCGACUUGUCUCUCGAACCGCUCUGCUGAGCUCUUAGGCAGGCGCUCAGUUUCUGCAGCGAUUUUGGACAGCGGGAGAGUUUUUUGUUGGUUUGUUUUUGCAACUGACUGACACUUACGACAUCUACCCGAGGGCCACCGUACCUCGGUUCAUCAAUAACACCAGUGGACUUGUCUCAGUGGACAUGUUUUUAAUCCCUCUUCUUUACUACGCCUUCACUCCGAACUCCUCUUAGCCCUUGUGGACCCCCCCCCCCCCCUCUGGUUGAUUGUUCUGAGCUCAGUACAUCAGCAGGAGAUCCAUCUUUACUGGACCUGCUGGGACUUUGGAGACUGCUUCGAAAGGCUUACAGGGAGGGAGGGAGGGAGGGAGGGGUCCAACAUUAGAAUCAUGUGCAAUAUUUUUUUUCUUCUGCUUUUCCUAGACUAUAGCACCCCCUGGAGUCCUCUCUGUGUCAUUACUGUGUAGCCCUGACCUCUCUUCUUCCUGCAUAUGUGCAAUUCUCACUGUACCGACAAUGUUGACAUCUAAUUGCUAACUGUGAAUUUGAGAGUCUGGGCAAGGCCUGCGCUCUCUCCAAAUGUACAUUUUGUUUAUACUAAGAAGGAAAGUUACAUUUAAGGAAGAAUCAUGCUUGACCAAGUUUCAUUCAUUCAGAAUCUUAUAAAUUUAAUGUAAAAAUUGCAGCUGGCAGAUAUAUUCUGGUUCCCAGUGCGUGCAACAAGUAUCUGUUUUAUAUUAUUUUUGUCAGUUUUUAAUUGUUUUUUGAUAGAGGCAGUUCAUGUUCAUGUUUUUACAUGCUCCAGCUCUUUGGAUUGAUGAUUUUUAAAACAGACUACCAAGAGCUAGGCUCACCACAUUAUUAUCUCUUACAUUUUUUGUUGUUGUUUUUGUUUGCAGCAGUGUGUUUAAUGAUCUUUACUCAUAAUGUGCAUUGUAUUAUACACUUUACUUUUAUACUCAUGUCAUUAGAAGUUUUUGACCAAGCAAUAUCUGUUGUUUGUAGAGAAAAGGUUUAAACUGCAGGUGUACCCCCCCUAUGAUGAUUUUCUUUUUUUCUUACAGUGCUUAAACACUGCGCCUCACUUCAGGGUUUUGAUUUUCUUUUCUACUUUACUUUAGGAAAGCUUUAUUCAGGAGGACUUUCUCUGCAUUUUACUUGACUGAUCCACCUUUAUAAAAAAAUAAUAAUAGUCUGCCUCUCAGACAUCUCUCGCCAGCACAUUUGGACAAGAUUUGAUUCAGUCCUCAAAUCUGUCACUGAGCGCGAUGCAUUCUCGAGUCAAAAACACAAGUACUGAUUUUAGUGGAUUCAACAAGUCAGGAUUUUUAAAUUUUUAUUGUGAAAAUUCUUUGCACUGUUAAGAGUUUGGCUUUACAAUGGUCACUGUUUCAAGGUCAGGGGCCCUAGUGUGUAAAAUAUUGUCGGAUUUCUGAUCUGUGACCAGUUUGUCUCUUCACUUUAAUGGUCUUGUUACUUGAUCACUUAUCCUACACCAGUAUUCCAAUGCUCAUAAGCUUUUAUGAACACAGAAUAUUUUUAUUAUUUUUUACUGUAUUACUUUUAAAAGUUGCAAUAUGAAAUUCUUGUUUGUCAGAUGGAAAAAAGUAGGAAAGGCAAGAAGCUGUGGGCCGCCUACUAUGAUGCAUCUGUCUGCAAAGGAAAAUGUGCUCUCCUUUAAAUUCAAGGUCUUAACCAGUGAUGGAUAGAUGACCCAAUAAAAACCGAGAGCUUAGAACAUAGGAAACAGUUUUGCACUUUAUGCUUUAUAUGAGAAAUAAAAGGGGUUUGGUUACAGUUCUGAGCAGUUCACUUCUGAAUCAGUGCACAGGUCUGUCUCAUGUCAUAUUGCCCCUUUUCUAAAAUCAAAUUUUAAUUGGGUCAUCUACUCUCUGAGACUUUGAAAUAUAGGGUAGUUUUUGUCUUAGAACCAGCUUCUGUAUGAUUCCAGCAGCAUCAUGCCGUUAUUUGAAACGAUCCAUCCAUAGGUUCAGUACAAUAGAGCAUAAUAGGAAUGAAUUUACACAUGAAUACACUGCAGUUCUCAUUUUCAGCUCUAAGAAAUGACCUGAGCCACUGGGCUGAGCAUGAGGUUUUCCAUUUUGCUGGAAUCAAGGAACAUGAAUUCAGCAAUAAUAUGUUUCCUUUUACAUGUUGGUGGAGCAAAUUAAUGACUUUGAAAGUGUUCUUUUUUCAUUUUUUAAAUACAGCAUACCAUGUAAAGGAUACAUCAUGCCAAUUAAAUUCCAUCUCUGAAUGCA